AUUAUAAGUACUCAUACGUUAUUAGUGCAUUUUGCGCAUUGUAUGCUUGAUAUAAAUGUGCAAGUAGUUCAUAAUUACAAGCAACUACCUGCAAAUAUGGUGCACAUCGAGCACAACAAGAUUAGCCUUUGCCUUAUAAUACUGUCGUGCUUUUUAAACCAUGCAUUAUGUGCACACUCCAUUUCAUCACAAAAUCAAAACAUAAACAUAAAUAAUGAUAUACUAAUAGGCGUGGGAAUCAUUCUAGAUAUGGAGUCACCAAUGGGGAAGACCAUUCACAGCUGCAUUACCAUGGCGAUAUCUGAUUUUUAUGCUCUUCGUCACAGCUAUAAAAGAAGGAUAGUUAUUCACACUAGGGACUCCGAGGGAGAUCCAGAUAAAGCUCUUUCAGCUGUAUAUAAUCUGCUGAAAAAAGCGAAGGUGCAAGCUAUCAUAGGCCCAGAAACGCAUCUUCAGUGA